UAGUAUUUCUUCGAUGGUAGUGGUAGCCGGAACGUACGCGCAGACAUACGCGGUACUUUUACAUUCGAAGUUCCAGUUCGGAAGCGCAGAGCAGUCAAUACAAUUUCGCGUUCCUAUUCCGUAUUCGAAGUAAUUUUUAUGUGGGCAUUAACGUAAAUUGAAAAGAAAAAAUGUCUGAACAUGUGGAAGAACUCGUUGAAGAGGAAAAUUCAGUUACUAUGUUGGAUGUACUCCGAGAAGAGAAUCAAUUGGAAGAAGACGCAAACGCAGUUUUGGGAGCGUCCGACGACAAAAAUUGCACUUACUGCAAGGGUUAUACGCGACAAGCCCUUUAUGCAUGCAGAACUUGUUGCCAAAAGUCUGUGAGAGCAGCGGUUUGCCUGGCUUGUAGCUUUCAUUGCCAUGAAGGUCAUGAACUCAUCGAAUUAUACACCAAAAGGCACUUUAGGUGCGAUUGUGGCAAUUCGAAAUUCGGAGGAAGGAAGUGUAAUCUGGUCGCCUCGAAGGACCAGUUAAAUUCUGAAAAUCAGUAUAAUCACAAUUUCGAUGGACUGUAUUGCACUUGUGAGAGACCUUAUCCGGAUCCUGAUGAUACCGUUAACGAUGAGAUGCUGCAGUGCAUAAUCUGCGAAGAUUGGUAUCACUCAAAGCAUCUAGAAUGUGAAAAGGAAAUGCCAGCCGAUGGUGCGUACGAUGAAAUGAUUUGUGCUGGCUGCAUGAAAAACAACGAUUUCCUGUGGAAUUAUGCCUGUAAAUACGCAGUAAAUAUGAGCGACGAUAAAGGUGCCAAUGAUAAGGAGGAAAAUAAACCAGUCGACGUUGAAGCUGUCGCCAAGCAGUGUACGAUGCCAACGAAGAAUAAUCUUGGGAAAGAGACUUCAUUCCGGGGCAGCUGCUUUUGGACAGAAGGCUGGAGAUCCGCGUUAUGUACUUGCGAUACGUGUAAAGAGCUCUAUAAAGAGAAGCGAAUGAUGUUCCUUCUCGAUCCGACGGAUAGCGUGCACGCUUACGAGGAAGCGGGUAAGGUCAAUAGCCGAGAAUCGCAGUACGAGAAAGGUAUGAAAGCGCUCGCCUCUUUAGGUCGGGUCGAACAGCUAACAGCGAUCGAAGAAUACAAUAAUAUGAAAGAACGAUUGAUACAGUAUCUGCAAAAGUUUGUCGAGAACAAGAAGGUCGUGCGGGAAGAGGAUAUAAAGGAAUUCUUCUCGCAAAUGGAAUCGAAGAAGCGCCCGAAAGUGGUGGUACCAACGUAUUGCCGUUAAAGGGAAUCUGUCUUUCCUUUAUUAACGGAGACAACAAUUUAUACAUAUUACAUUGUGAACAACUACGUUUUAUUUUUACUUAUUUUUUUUAUGUGUAAUGUAUUAAAUUCUAUAUUUUCGAUAAUUGAUUUUAAAGUAGCUUCCGAUAAAUCGGUGAAUGUAUGUGUGUACGUAUGUGAGAAAGAACAAAAUAAAAAAAUAAUAUCGAUCA